UUUUGUAAAACUUCAAAGUUCAGAACACAGCAAGCUUCAUCUAGUCUAGUCGCACCGUAAGAGACUAGGGAUUGAAGAAAUGGCGAGCCUAAAACGAUCAUUGGAGUUUGACCCGUUCGCUUCAAAUAUAUCAAGCAAGGUCUAUGUCAGAUCAACCAAGAGUGGCAAGGUUCAGAAGAUAGUCCGAGAGGUCUAUCUGCGCCAAGAUAUCCCUUGCUCCUCGAAGCUAUGUCAAGCCUGCCUGAAGACGGCACCCCGAGAUGCCGCCGGGAGAUCUACACCCUUUGUCCUCUCGGACAGCCCUGCGGGGACCAAGAAGUUCCCGCAAGGUCAUUACCUCGUUCCCGACACCAAUGCUUUCCUGAAUGCGAUGGAUCUGUUCGAGCAGAGUUCUGCAUUCUACGACGUUGUGGUCCUCCAGGUUGUCCUAGAGGAGCUGCGCGGCCGAUCCCUCCCGCUCUACAACCGCCUCAUCAGUUUGAUCAAGAGCGAGGAGAAACGAUUCUACGUUUUCUUCAACGAGUUCCGCCUCGAGACGUACGUCACCCGCGAAGAGGGCGAGUCGAUUAAUGACCGCAAUGACCGCGCCGUCAGAAAGGCUGUGAGGUGGUACGCCGACCACCUGGCGAAGAGCAGGCCGGCCAAGCUGCCCGCGCUUGUUAUGUUGAGCAACGAUCGACAAAACCUGCAGAAGGCAAGGGAAGAGGGUCUACAUGCCUGCUCUCUGGCCGAGUAUGUUGGGCAGCUUAAAGACGGCGACCGCUUGCUCGACCUGAUCCCAGAAACACAGGAUCGCGAAGUCGCCAGGGAAAAGCAGCCUGGACAGCAUCUCUACCCGGAAUACUUCACCCUAUCCAAGUUGAUGACGGGAGUCAAGAGCGGGCUUCUCCACCAGGGAAUAUUCAAUGUCUCGCCUUACAACUAUCUGGAGGGCUCAAUACGAGUGCCUGCCUUCCCAAAGGCGCUUCUCAUUCUCGGCAGGGAGAACAUCAAUCGGGCCGUGGAUGGAGAUUUGGUGGUUGUUGAGGUGCUCCCAAAGGAUCAGUGGAAAGAACCCUCGACGCGGGUCAUCGAAGAGGAGACACUCACCAAGAACGAGAACCCCGACGCCGAGGAGGGCGAGGACCUUAUCUCAGAAAAGGAAAGGAAGGCACUCCAAGACGAAGUCAAGCGGACACAUAGCAAGACAUCAGAGGCUCAGGCACAGCCGACCGCGAAGGUCGUCGGCGUGGUGAAACGGAACUGGCGCCAGUACGUCGGCCAUAUCGACCAGUCAUCUGUUAGCCAAUCUGCCCAGCAGGGAAGGAGACAGGACACGGUGUUCAUGAUCCCUAUGGAUAAGAAAAUACCCAAGAUUCGUCUGCGGACAAGACAGGUGGCGGAGCUGCUCGGGAAGCGCAUCCUAGUUACCAUAGACGCUUGGGACCGUGACUCGCGCCAUCCCUCCGGCCACCUGGUCCGGUCGUUGGGCGAGUUGGAGACGAAGGCUGCCGAGACGGAGGCGCUCCUGUUGGAAUACGACGUCCAGUACCGCCCUUUCCCAAAGACGGUCUUGGACUGCUUGCCAAAGGAGGGCCAUGAUUGGAAAGUCCCAGCCAGCACGGAUGAUCCAGGGUGGAGGGACCGAGAAGACCUGCGUGGACUGCUCAUCUGCAGCAUCGACCCUAUCGGCUGCCAAGAUAUCGACGACGCUCUCCACUCCCGGCCGCUCCCGAACGGCAACUUCGAGGUUGGUGUCCACAUCGCCGAUGUAUCCCACUUCGUCAAGCCCAGUACUGCCAUGGAUUCCGAAGCAAGUAUUCGAGGCACGACUGUAUACCUAGUGGACAAACGCAUCGACAUGCUGCCGAUGCUGCUGGGUACAGACCUUUGCUCGCUAAAGCCGUAUGUGGAGCGCUACGCCUUCUCGGUUAUCUGGGAGUUGACGCCCUCGGCGGACAUCGUAAACGUGCGAUUCACGAAGUCGGUAAUCAAGUCGCGCGAGGCAUUCAGCUACGAACAAGCGCAACUCCGAAUCGACGACGCCUCCCAACAAGACGAACUCACGACGAGUAUCCGGGCGCUCCUCAUGCUGUCGAAGAAGCUCAAGCAGAAACGCAUGGACGCCGGUGCUCUCAGCCUAUCAUCCCCUGAAGUGAAGGUGCAGAUGGAGUCGGAGACUUCGGACCCGAUCGAUGUCAAGACCAAGGAGCUCCUCGACACUAACUCCCUCGUGGAGGAGUUUAUGCUUCUCGCCAACGUCAGCGUCGGCCGCAAGAUCUACGAAGCCUUCCCCCAGACGGCCAUCCUCCGCAGACACGCGGCUCCUCCCAAGACGAAUUUUGACGAGCUUGCCGACCAGCUCAAGGUCAAGCGCAACAUAGAGAUCAACGUCGAGUCGUCGCGCGCCCUCGCGGACAGCCUCGAUGCGUGCGUCGACCCCUCGGAGCCCUUCUUCAACACGCUCAUCCGCAUCAUGGCCACGCGGUGCAUGAUGAGCGCCGAGUACUUCUGCUCCGGCACGCAGUCGUACCCCGAGUUCCGCCACUACGGGCUCGCGUCGGAGAUCUACACGCACUUCACGUCGCCGAUCCGCCGGUACGCGGACCUGAUGGCGCACCGCCAGCUGGCGGCGGCGAUCGAGUACGAGGCCGUGGACCCGUCGGUGCGCAGCCGGGGCCGCCUCGAGUCCGUGUGCCGCAACAUCAACGUGCGGCACCGCAACGCGCAGCUGGCCGGGCGGGCGAGCAUCGCCUACUACGUCGGGCAGGCGCUGCGCGGCCGGGUGGCCGAGGAGGAGGCUUUCGUGAUCAAGAUCUUCAGCAACGGCUUCGUCGUGCUGGUGCCGCGCUUCGGCAUCGAGGGCCUGAUCCGGCUCCGCGACCUCGCGGACCCGGAGCCGGCGGCCGAGUUCGAUGCCGAGAGGUACGCGCUCGCGACGUCGGGGAGCAGAGAGGUCAGGGUCGAGCUGUUCCAGAAGGUCGUUGUUAGGAUCACGGACCAGAAGGAGGAGAAGACGGGGAAGAGGGGCGUCAAGAUGGAGCUAGUCAAGGCGGAUUGA